AUGACUUCCGUCACCAGCUUCCCAGAGGUGCCUCGCUUGACACAGAUAGAACGCAUCGGUCCCAAGGGGUACCUGCGCUAUGUCUUCAACUUUGCCCUCCCAGAACACUAUGACCUUGAGACAGUGGCAGAGGCCCUGCAGAAGGGUUACAACGCCACCAAGGAGCGAUUGGGAAUCCUCCGCUGCGAGGCCAUGCCGGAUCCCGACGCCGGCCAGGAGGGCGUCUUCAAACCGGUCGAGAUACCGGCCAAUGACGAAAUCGACAAAAUCGUCGUCAAGGACUUGAGAAAGACUUUUGGCCAGACACACAGCCAACUUCGGGAGACGGGCUUCCCUGUAUCUGCUUUCGAGGCUGACGUCGUCAUGCGGCGCGGAGUGUGGCCACAGCCCGGCGAGCGUCUGCCAAUCUCUUUGCUGCAGGCAAAUUUCAUUGAGGGCGGGCUGAUUCUGACUUGGUGCAUAUUGCAUGUGUUUGGCGAUGGUACCACAUUUUACCAAUGGAUGCGAAUCUGGGCCGAAGAGGUUAGGAAAGCCGAAGGAGUGGAAAUCGCCGAGCCGCUCGUCUUUGACUCGGCCAUGUGGACCGACCGCGAGCAGAUUAUGCAGCCGAGCGGCAAGAAUGCCGGACGUCCUGAGGAUCACCCCGAAUAUACGGUGCUGCCAUUCACCCCUCCAGGGAUGCCGCCCAAGAUGCUAUCGGAAGCCCAUCGCGGCAAGGUCUUUUACUUCUCCCCCGAGGCGCUCAAGGAGCUCAAGGCCGAAGCAGACCCAAAGACCAAGGCGCUUCAGGAUAUCGGUGGCCAGGACUGGGUGUCUACCAACGAUGCAGUUUCGGCGCUGCUCUGGCGGACCGUCAUGUCCGUGCAGCACGGACACAUGCUCGACAAGCUCGAGGGGGACCCGGUUUCCGUUUUCAACGUCGCCAUCGACGGGCGGCAAAGGACAAACCCGGCCGUGCACCCUGCCACGCUGGGUUGCUUCCUCGAGUACGUCGCGGCGUCUGCCAGCGUGCGGGACAUGCUGGACCCUGCCAAGACGAGCGUGGCGGAUUUGGCUGUGCUCAUCAGGAAGGCGGUGGCGCGGGCGACCAAAGACCACACCGACGACGUGAUGACGCUGACGUCCAAGCUUGAGGACGUCAACCGACUCGUGCCCACUGCGUUCCUAGACGUUCCCGGCUUCCACUGCAUACAAACAAGCUGGGUUGGCUUUGAGCUGUACGGACUUGAAUGGGGGCCCAGACUGGGCAGGGUCGAAGCCGUAAGGUCACCACAUGUAGGCGUUAUUAACGGAUUGCAAGUUGUUUUCCCGAUUCUGCCAGAUGGUGGAUGGGAGGUUCUGGUUGGUGUCGAGGAGAGCUGUUUGGAUCGACUGAUGGAAGAGCCAUUGUGGAACAAGUUUGCGAAAGCAAAGUGA